GUCACCAUAUCCACACAAGUUGACUUCGGUCGGGUGCAUCCUCUGAGUCAGUUGUUUUUUUUUCGUUUAUGAAUCAAUGAAGUCUAAACACAGUACUGUAGGUGUUUCCGUGCAGUUCAGUUGACCGUUUGAUUGUGAUACAAGUGACAUACAGGAUGGUACAAUACUUCAAACACAAUGAUGGCGAGUAUGCUCAGGCCUCCCCAGAGCUACUGGAUGCAAGCAGAUUAUCCAGAAACUGGAUGGACAUCCUGAUGAGGAUAGUGAAAGUGAUGGUGCUUUUCAUUCCAACUUUGGUCUAUGAGGCGGUCCUAUUUCUUGCCGGAAUGGAGAAAAAAUCUAUCAAAGGACAAAUUGCUCUAGUGACGGGCGGUGGCAAUGGACUGGGAAGAGCACUCUGUCUGCAACUCGCCAAGGAAGGUUGCAAUGUGGCUGUGGCAGAUAUUGAUUUCAUAGCAGCGGAAAAUACGGCUCAACAAGUUCGCGAAUAUGGGGUCAGAUCUUUACCACUCAAAGUUGAUGUCGGCGUGCAACAGUCCGUCCAGCAACUCAAGCUGGACGUCGAGGCGAAACUGGGUCCGGUUGAUAUCCUGAUCAACAACGCCGGUCUGCUGGCGUUGCUGUCCCUCUCGGAAGGCACACCCGAAGAUGUUCAGCGGAUUAUCGAUGUUAAUCUGACGUCGCAUUUUUGGACGAUACGUGCCUUCAAGGAUGGAAUGAUGGAGCGCCGUCGCGGUCACAUUAUGGGAGUGUCAUCAACAUUUGGAAUCGUAGCCUUUGGUCGCGCUGUGUGCUACAGUGCGACAAAAUAUGGUGUUAGAGGUCUGAUGGAAGCACUCAAUGAGGAAUUUUAUGCGAAUGGUUAUGCGAACGAAAUUUUCACCACUUGCCUAUAUCCAGGAUUUGUUGCUACCAGAAUGGAACUAUUAGAAUAUCUUAAUCAACAAGGCUGUCGUUUUCCACUCCAAACUCCAAACACGGUCGCUGAACUGGCGAUCGAGGGUUUGCUACGGAACCGAUUUGAAAUAAUUACAUUGCCAAUAUAUCUGCGGCUGGCUAUGAAAAUCUAUCACAUAAUGCCGGUUGGAGUCACUCGACUAGUUGGGGAAAUAUUCUCCAACAACGCGCCGCAGCCAUGAACUGUGUAGAAUCCAUUCAUUCAUGAUGAAUGAUGAACAACGAUUAUCUGCCAAACGUUCGGGAGAAGUAGUGAUCCAUAUUUGAAGUAUCAAUAUUUAUUGUAGUCGAAAGAUACUAAAUACUCCAGUUAAAGAGGUGAAGCAUUUAUUAAUUAACACACCCCGAGUUGUUCUGCCUUCAG